CAUCAAUUCUAUUGUCGCCGUCGCACAAUAGGAAACCGCAAUCAUGGCAGACGAUAAAGGCAAAGCCCCAGCCUUUUCCUUCGGGCUCUCGACUCCCAAUUCCUCCUCAGCUUCACCUUUCGGUACCACGAGCACAACUGGCGGAGGACUCUUUGGCAGCAAUACGGCCAAAACAACUUCGUCCGGCGGCAGUAUUUUCGGCGGUGCUACACAAACAGCAUCUUCAGGAGGUGGACUCUUUGGAAGCGGCGCGUCGACGUCAGGGAACAACAGCGGGACGAGCACAACUGGCGGAGGCCUACUCGGUUCUGGUCAACAAACAUCAACACCGUCCGCAGGUGGAACUCCAGCGAGCGCAGGGAACGACGGCGGCAUGGUCAACUCAGGCAGUGUGCUCUUUGGAGCAGCCACGGCGAAGAGGAGCGAACCGGGCUUCAAUCCGUUCGCACAAAGUGCUGCGCAGAGCGGUAGCAGUACGCCCACAGCAACGAAGCCCGGAAGUCUGUUUGGAAAUGGCACAACUGGCAGUUUUGGUGCUUCUACAACACCGGCUGGUGAGCCGAAGCAGACGGGCACCCUUUUCGGUGGAGCCUCGACUGGCGGUGGUGGGGGUCUCUUUGGCGGCGGCGCGAAGCCAGCCAGCAGCGGAGGUCUGUUCAGUGGUGCUCAGAACAACACCGGCUCAAGCAAUGCGUCUGCCACAGCAGGCACAACAGGCGGACUUUUUAGUGGCGGCCAGCAACAGCAAGCUGGAUCCAGCACUGGAGGUAGCAAUCUAUUCGGUGACAAGACCAACAAAAGCUCAUCGACGCCGUCUAGCGGAUUGUUUAGUAAUCAGCAACAACAGCAGACUGGCUCUAGCACGGGAGGCGGCGGCCUGUUCGGAAACAAGACGAACGCAACGUCUUCGACAGCCUCGGGCGGCCUGUUUGGCAACCAGCAAAGCACCUCCGGAGGCUUGAACUUUACUCUCGGGACUCCGACCGCCCCAGCAGGUGGUAGCAAUCCUACUACGGCUUCUUCGACAUCAAACGCCGGUAACACAUCUGCCACAGCUCCAGCAGCUGGCGCAUCGAACACGUCCUCUUCCAAUGCCCAACCUACUACGGCGACAGCUCCCGGCAGCAGCUUCUUUCCGGCGGCAGCAUCUACAACUGCUUCGCAACCGACUACGACUACUGCGGGUUCAAUAGGUGGCGGCUUGCUCGGCGGGCCGGCGACCAGCACCGCGCAGACGACUAGCAGCGGUUCAACAACAGGAACUUCCGCGCCAAGCAUAUCUGGUAUGUUCUCGAAGCCAGCUACGCCCGCUACUACAUCAGGAGCACCAGCGCUUGGCGGAGGGUUGUUCAACACAGCACAGCCCACAACUACGGCGAGUACAACUAGUGGCUUGUUUGGCAACGCAGCCACAAGUGGAAACAAUUCUACACCAAGCACCACUGCUCCCGCUGGUGGCCUUUUCGCAUCAAGUGCCGGCCCAACUGCAUCGAGUAGCGCUGCUCCUGCUCCUGGUGCAAGUCUUUUCGGCAGCAAGCCUGCGACAGCGUCAACAACAAACAAUGCGACGACAAAUGCUCCUGCGACGGCUCCUGCAGCCGGAGGCGCCACUGCGACCGCCAACGUCCCUGCAAGUGCAGCGGGUGGCGCUCCAGCUGGAGGCUCACGCCUCGCCCACAAGUCGCUCGACGAAAUCCUCACCAUGUGGUCCACGUCGCUCACGCAGCACCAGAAGACCUUUCAGAGUCUUGCUCAGCGCGUGAGUACGUGGGAUAGACAGCUUGUGGAGAAUAGCACAAAGAUCAGCACAUUGUAUGGUCGCUGCUUUCAAGCUGAGCGUGAUUGCAGCGAGGUAGAGCGCCAGCUCACCAACUUUGAGCAUACACAGCACGAGAUCGAGCACUUUCUGGACAAGUACGAGGAUGAGGUAGACAAGAUGAUGCAGAAUUCUGGGAUUGGUGAGGAUGGUAUUGGUGGGGUCGAUGCUGAACGCGAACGCACAUACAAAACUGCCGAAAACUGCGCCGGAAGACUGAGUGAUUUGCAAAACAGCUUGACGGAUAUGGUUGAGGAGAUCAAUGACACUUCAGGCAAGCUGACUAACAACAAGUCUGCCGGCGAUAACAAGGACGAUCCUCUCCGACACAUUGUCAGCAUUCUCAAUGGCCAUCUUGUGCAACUGCAGAAGAUUGGUACGGGUGCAUCAGACUUGCAGAACAAGGUCGCUAUUGCGCAACGUGAUACUCGAGGCCUGAACAACAGCUAUGCGCUGAACGGAGGCAGGCAGUGGGUAGAAGACUUUGGGGCUAGCUAUUUGGGACGUCGAUAGACGAUACAUUCUGCUUGUGCAGAGCAACACGCACAGAUACGACGCUUGGCAUGGGAUGGCGCACACUAGGCGUUAGGAAGGCAGAGCGCCGAUGGGAGAUGCCGUCGGAUGUCCAGAAUGAAAGGGUGGAUUCUUGUACCAUAGCACGCAUCAAGUGUCGAUGCCAUAGCGUGACGCUCGACAGAAUACGAGAGAAGCUUUCACUACAAGCCGCCAUGGCCAAACCUCCACCACUACUCGGAAGCUAACCGAGAACUUUCCACAAAUACUACGGCGAUGGAUGGCACCCGAGUCUCCCAGGUUCUGUAUGCCUGCAUGUCGAGAACGAUACUACCUACUGUAUCGAUACAUGGUCGUGGCGCGAUAUAACACGCGGAAGAACGCCGAUCCUCCGCAUUAAAGCACUCGCUAAACACCAGCGCACUAUUUCUGUCAAGCUUCGUAUAGUGACUGCACACCAAGG